AUGGCGGCCCUUUGCAUGGAAGCCGAUGGCAAGGGAUGGGGAUGGAUGCCGUCAGGCUUCGCCAAGAAAGGUGAGUACUAUUGGAAAGCUGUAGCUACUGAGUUCAACAACAACGCACCAAAAAAUAGCCACAAGAGGACAAUCAGACAAUUGAUGAAACACUGGGGUGAUGUCAAGAGGGAUAUCACAAAGUUCAGUGGGGCUUAUGCUCGAGCUAUGAAUGCACGGAGCAGUGGGCAAUCUGAUGACAUGGUCCUGAAAGCAGCCCAUGAGUUCUUCAAGAAUGGCAACAAUGGUAGGUCUUUCAUAUAUGAGUACUUGUGGGAAGUGGCCAAGGAGAUGCCCAAAUGGCGCAGAAUUAUCAAAGAAGAGAGCACAUCAAAAAGGACCAAGGUUUCUAAAUCAGGAGCAUACACUUCUUCAUCCAACCAAGACACAGAGGGGGAAACCAUGAGUAGGGAGGUACGUCCUGAGGGGCAGAAGAAAGCGAAGGCAAGGCUGAAAGGGGCGGGAAAAUCUGCUGCACCAUCUCCUUUGAGCAACCAGCCAAGUCAGAAUAUGGUCAUGUAUCAUGAAGCUAUGACAAUGAAAGCAAAAUCUGCAAGAGCUAAAAAGUACAACACCUAUUUGAAAAUGUUGGCAAUAGAUACCUCAAACUUCAAUGAAAAAGAAAAAACUAGGCAUGACAGCAUACUGGACCAGAUAGCAAAAGACUUGGCUGAGGAUUAG